AAUAUACAGCAGGAACCUAGUCCAUGUGUCCGUAAGGACAAGCACUGCCCACUGAAGUGCAGGGCAGCAGGGGCCGGCUUAUAUACAGGGAAAGAUGAGGGCAGACUGUGCGCACUGGUCUGUGCACAGCAUGCUAACACGGCCCCGGGGGCC